AUGUCCACCCAGAAACUAGACCUUGGAGACAUAGUGCGAAGGAAAAAAAGCAAAAUAAUCAUGAAAUUGCUGAAAACACUCAUACCAGUCAUUCUGGUUUUAUGCUCAGUCUUUGCCGUUUGCCACAGCAAGGUAACUGCCCAAAAUAUGAGCAUAGGAGACAAAGCAAGAUGGGUAGGUUCUUUCGUAGGAGUAGACCAACCACAAAUAGGUGCAUCGAUCUAUGAUGCAGGUGCCCAUUUGGUUUCUAAAAUGGGGGCCCAGGCAGCAUCGAUUCUUCUUGGAGGACUGCUAAUGGAGAUGAAGGACCCCGCGGCGGGACGAGUUGCAGACGUGAUAAUCGGCCAUUUUGCAGAUGCUUACAACAAGUCGGGGGUGGCAAAAUGGAACAAAACGACGCUGAAGGCUCACCAAAAUCAGUUAGCAGGACUGAUUCUAAGUAAAAUGGACAUUGUGGGAACUGUGCAUGAUAUUACCAGAAUGGGUAGUGCCCGAAUGGUAAUGCCUUUAACCAAAGAAUCGAAAGUGAACAAAGAUUGUUACGAAGAUGCCAUGGAUGUCUUAGACGCUGUGAAUGAAAUGCAAAGGAGCGAGUUGUCAUGGGCUAGAAUUAUGUUUGACGCAACUGGAAAACUACCCUCUGGAGUCUUAAGAGGACACAUGACGGCGCUUGGAUCAUAUGAAUCCUGCCUAGAAAUUCAUGGCAGGAUUCCCAAAAACAUGAUAAUUGGCGCCAUCAACAAAACUUCCUCACGCUACCCACGAGAUUUUGACACAAAGUAUUGCCGAGCCACAAUGACACUGAAACCAAGCGUGUUUGGAAGUGGAGUGGACACUCACGGCAUCCGUCCCCUGUUGACCUUAGGGUUGUGCCUGCCUGAUUCCUGCAGAGCCGAGGACGUAGAAGGAAUUUUGAGGCUCGGAUACGUGGGUAGAAGCUUAGGGUCGGGAGUGAACGAUACGGAGGUAUACUGUCCCGAGGAACGUUCUAUAGGAAAAGACACGCCUGCAAUUGUUGCCGUAGUGAUAUUGUCAAUAUUUGGAUUUUUGGUACUCUGUGGAACAUUAUAUGAACUUCGACAACAGUUUACCGUUUUAAAGGAAAGUGCUUCAUAUAAAACUAGCCUGAAAAAGGUUGACCAUUAUGAUGUCAUAAAGGAAAGACCAGAAAACCAUUAUACGUCGGUGAAUGCGGCUUUUGUUCCUGACGAAUCGAAAACAAAUGGUGAUGCAAAAGUCCAAAACGGAGGCGGAGGGAUACAAAAUGGUAGUACAAGCAUAGAACUUCCAUCUGGUUACAUGCACCAUAAAGAGGGCGACAGUAUUCAUCCUGCUGGGGCUCCAAACGGAAGAAGCAAAGAGACGGACUCAAAUCACUACGUCACAGUUACAGUUAAUGCCAAAGAAAAACCUGGAACAGAGCAUAAGGCGCCUCAGAAGAAAGAUGGGACUCUUGGGGCUUUCGUAAAAAGUUUCUCGGUCAUUACUAAUGCCCCCAAACUUUUGUCUGGGAAAAGUGGACCAGGUGCCAUUACAUGUCUUCAUGGAAUCCGGUUUUUCAGUAUCACAUGGAUUAUGCUUGGACAUACAUAUAACUAUGGAUUAGUGAAGACCCCAGGUGUCAUGACAACAGUAAAUUUUGUGGAUGCCAUACCAAUGACACAACGGUUUUCCUUCCAAGCUGUUGUUGGUGCAGGAUACGGCGUCGACACAUUCUACAUGAUAAGUGGAAUGCUUCUUGCAUUUAUCCAGUUAAAACAAAUGGCAAAACUCAAAAAAGAUCCCCAGCCAGGGAAGAUCGGAUAUUAUGUGUUUUACUACUAUUUCCACAGAUUUUGGAGGUUGACCCCCAUGUACAUGAUAGUAUUGAUGAUCUAUACAUGCCUGACUUUAUAUCUGGGUGACGGUCCAAUGUGGCCGAAGCAGAUUGAUUCUGCGGAAUACUGCCGAGAGAACUGGUGGACAAACAUUCUGUAUGUCAACAACUUGGUGCAUACAGAUAAACAGUGUAUGGCCUGGACAUGGUUCUUGGCAAACGACAUGCAGUUUUAUGUGGUGUCCAUCAUUCUUCUUUUCUUCCUUACAAUGAACAUCAAAUUGGGGUCGUUUUUCGUUUUCCUGCUAAUGUCUGCCGGAAUAGUGUCUGCUGGAAUAAAGGAACACAAAUACAACGGAAGUUUUUUCACAAUGCAGUCUGACGGAGGAGCAUUCUGGAACAAUGUUUAUAUAACACCUUGGUGCCGAGUAGCUGCAUUCUGUGUUGGCUUGUUUCUUGGUGUCAUUUUCUACAAAAAACCGAAAGCCAACUUAUCAAAGGCGAAGACCUUCAUUGGAUGGUGUUUAGCUGCGACCGUCGGUUUUACACUUGUUUACUGCACAUACAGUGAAAAUAAGAAAAAUGGUGAAACCUGGUCACGUAAUUUCCGUGCUGUGUACGAAUCUCUCGGAAGACCUUUGUGGUCUGCUUGUGUUGCCUGGGUGAUUGCAGCCUGCCAUUAUGGACGUGGUGGUAUCGUGAAUUCUAUCUUAUCUUGGAGUGGGCUGGUCCCUCUGUCUAGAAUGUCGUACGCUGUGUACCUGGUGCACCCAAUAAUGAUGAUGAUUUACGUGUUUUCAAAGAGGUCACUUGUCUACAUCGCGAAUUAUGACAUUAUUUAUUUAUUCCUUGGGCAUACUGUGAUGUCAUUUAUGGUUGCUUUCGUGGUGUCACUGGCUUUUGAGGCGCCUUUUAUGGCAUUGGAAAAGAUAAUAAUUGGUGGGAGAAAGUGA